AUGGUGUUUCUGCUAGCGGUGAACAGUUUUAGCCUGGGAACCAUCAUGGCUGGCGAAAUACCACAUACCAUCAACGAUGGUAAGGCUGCCGAUAAGAAUGUCGAGGCUCAGAGCACAUUUGCGUCUACUUUGGUCGUGGAUGUGGAAAAGUCACUGCAUGGCAAAGAAACAGACCCCAGCAAGUCCUGCGUAAGUCCAAAUGGCAUGUCUGUUAGCACUCCUACAAACCAGGCCGGCAGUAAUCCAGUCUACGCUGCCAAAGCACAGCUGCUGAAUCAGGCACUGCUUGACAUGCAAAUGGGCUUAUACCAAUGGGUGCUCUUCAUCAUCACCAGUGCAGGGUGGUCUCUUGACAGUUUCUGGAUAAUGUCCUUCGUCGUUAUCGCCCCGUCCGCCUCGAACGAAGCCCAGUUUUUCUUUGCCGGAGAUAAAUCGUCCUACCUAUUCGUCAGUCUGGCCGUAGGCCUGACUGUUGGGGCAACCGCCUGGCCAUGGAUGUCAGACAUCCUAGGUCGUCGGUGGAUAUUCACCAGCACGAUCGUCCUGAUGGGCAUGGGAGGGCUAGUCGGUGCCGGCAUGCCUUCAUUUACCGGCCUAUGUGUCGUCGGCUUCGUGGUCGGAUUUGCCGUUGCCGGUAACCAGCUAGUCACCGCCAUUAUCCUGAUCGAGUCUCUUCCAGCUUCCCAUCAAUUCCUGCUCACCGUGCAAGGGGCGUUCUGGGGAUUGGGCCAGGUAGUCUCCGCUGCGGUUGGAUGGGCGUUUAUCGCAGGGUAUACGUGUGGCACCGGCCCAGACGCAGUCAGUACAUCGCAAGCUCUGUCGACACACUCCUCCAGGGAUGAAGCUCCGCCCAGAGCAGCACAUCCUGCCACUACGUUUCCAACAAAGGAUGGCGCUACCCACUACCUCUACACCUCCCUCUGUGCAAUCCCCGGCCCCCUAGCCGCAGGAAUCCUAAUCCAAACCAAACGCCUCGGCCGCACACGCACCGGCUCCGCAAUCGCGCUUCUCACCGGCCUCUUCAUGCUCCUCGCCACGCUGGCACGAUCACGAAACGCGCUGUUGGCAUUCGAAUGCAUACUCUCUUUCCUUCAGUUUGCGGGGCUGGCUGUUCUGACGACAUACACGGUGGAGACCUUCGCAGCCCCGGUUCGUGGCUUCGGGGUCGCUAUUAUGGGGUUCUGGUGGGGGUUGUUUGCGCUUGUGGCUGUGAUUGUGAACACCUUUGCAGGGGGUGUGGUUGCUGGGGGUGCGGCGGUUUGGUUUUGUGGUGCUGUUUGGGUGCUUUUGGCGGGGGCUUGGUGGAGGGUUCCUGAGACUAGGGGGGGUGCUGCUGCGUAG